AUGUCUGGACAACCCCCGUAUUGGCAGGCGCCUCAGGGCCAGCAGCAGCAGGGCCAGCAGCAACAGGGCUAUCCUGCUCAGCAGCCCUACGGUUAUGCGCCCCAGGGACAGCAGCCGAAUCAGCCCUAUCCUUACGCGACCCCGCAGCAGUCAUAUCCUCAGCAGGGCCAACCGCCAAACCAGUCUUACUACUCGGAUCCAUCUCAGCAACAAUAUCCUCAACAGGGUCAGCCAGGUCAAUAUCAACAGCCUCCACAGGGCCAACCAGCCAGGCCAAUAUCAGCAGCCCCCCCAGGCAUCCCCGAAAAAGCAUCGCUGGGAUAUGAUCCUCAGCAGAAGCUUGAAACAAUGGCUGUAGACAAAGCGGCCGACGUUGAAGCCGUUCGGAAAGCCAUGAAGGGUAUGGGUUGCGAUGAGCGCACCUUGAUUCGCGUUCUCACCAACAGCAAAUACCGCAACCCCUGGGCCAUGGCGCAGUUUGUCGAGGCUUACAACAGCCGCUUCCUGCGCGACUUGGCCAAGGAUAUUGAGAGCGAAACGAAGGGUAGCUUGGAGACAGGCCUUCUUGCACUGAUCCGUGGACCCCUGGCAAAUGACGUCUAUGUCCUAUCAAAAGCCUUGAAUCGCCUGGGUACCGACGAGGAGGCUCUAAAUGACGUUCUCCUGUGCCGCUCGAAUGCAGACAUUCGUGCUAUCGCUGCCGAAUACAAGCGUACCAGGGGCAAGGAGCUACUGUCCGAUAUCAAGGACGACGUCGACGACACUCUUUUCAGGCUCUACAGCAUGGUCCUCGCUGGCACCCGCUUGGAGGGCAUCACGGCAAUCGACCCUGUGGAAAUCGACCAGAAGGUGACGGAGCUUCAGAAUGCAACUGAAGGACAGAUCGGCGCAAACGCCAUCGUCGUGGCUCAGAUCUUUACCAGCAGCAGCGACUUACAGCUUCGAGCCAUCAGCGAUGCGUACCAACACAAGUACCGCCGAAGACUUAAGGACGUGAUUGAGAAGGAAUUCCGCGGCGACUUGGAGGAUGCUCUACUUCUGAUGCUCGACCACGCGACAGACCCGGCACUCUUUGUGGCAUCCAAGCUGAACAGGCCCUUGAAGAGUUCCCGCAAGGAGAAGCACUUUAUCAACAGACUUCUCGCGCUGUACUGGCGUCCCAACGGGAUUCAACUGGCACGAACAGGGUAUGAGACAUACUUCAGGGUUUCUUUGAGGUCGGAUAUCAAGGCUGGUUUGGACGGAGACUUUGAACAGUUGGCUCUAGCAUUGAUUGGUGAGAAGUAG